AUGACAAAAGCUUCCCAUACAUUGCAAAAAGGUGCUGUCGUCCAGCACCAUGCCAGAGCCCAUACCCUAGAAGGUCGAAUGCCUGAGGGAAACAUGGAAUCUUCGGCGACAAACAUCCGUCUCGUUACUCUGAACUGUCGGUCGCUGUCAACUCCAACGUCAACUGAACUCCAACAAGCCUAUCCAGACUAUCCAGCUAUGCAGACAGUCUAUCUAGCCUUCUGCGAUAUCUGCAUACACCGUUUGCUGCAUUGCACGGAACACGCAUCAGGAAUCGCCCUCCCAUCAAUAUCGACAAUUACACCAUCUACUGCGGCGAUGCUGAUGAAAGGAAGGAGUGUGGAUCAACGUCGUCAAGAUGCGCCUUUGUACGAUUGCGUGAUUGUAGAGGACUCAAACUGGGUCGCUCGUGCCCACGCACCUACGGAGACCACAGAGGACCACAACAAGGACGCGUUUUAUGGUGAACUCAACACGUUGAUAUCCAAGAUACCAAGCCAGCAGGCGGUAAUUGUCGGAAUUGAUGCGAAUGCAAAGAUGGGACCUGGACAACAAUCCGAUGUGCUAGAAAAAUGGUUCUAUCCCAUGGAGCAGACAUCGGACAACGGAUGUCGUCUGAUAGACCUUUGCGAGCAGAUGAAUAUCAUCGUUGCAUCCACGUUUAAGAGGAAUCAUCGACGCCAUCAGCUUACUUGGCAAAGGACAACCCCAUUAAAGCCAAAAGAGCAGCGGAAGCGGAAGAUACCGACUCCUAAGCUUCACCUCGAUUGCGUUCUGACGAAGAAAAUACCUUUGUCAGAUAUCCGAAAAGAGCUGUCUGGGAAGUCGCUUUCGAUUCCGACCAACGCCCACUUGUUCACAGCUUCAUGCACCGAGGAAAAAGUUCGCCUUUGCAUCUGCGAAGACAAUAUCCACGUACACUUUGCUCACAGUACUGCUGACUUCAGCCAGGGAAAGCGUCUGAGAAGGAGAUUGCGUCGUCAGCCGAAACGUGAUCGAAAGAAAAAAUGGGCGUCAAGAGCGAAGGAGUUUGAGAAGGCGUGUGAAGACAAAUUCGAAGCCGCUUUUGACUCUCCUCACCGAGGCCGUCUUCUCAAUGCGCUUUGCGUCGAUGGAUAUACAGGAAAUUUCGUACGCCUAAUAAACGACAUGAAUAGCAGAACAACUGAGGUCCGAACACCAGCUGGAUGUACUACACCGAUCGAAGUGGAAACGAAUGAGGCAAGGGGCCGUGGCGGGACCCUUUCUGUUCAACUUUGCCGUCCAUGA